AUGCACAUAUUUAGUUCAGAUUAUGGUAAUUGUUUGUGGAUUUGAAAAGUGAAAAAAAAGAGAGAAAUGCGAGUUUGUGAAAUAAAAAUCGAUGCAGUUGAAAAGAAAAAGGCUGAAAUCAUAAAAUAAUUAUGAAAAUGAAGUGAAUAUUUCUCCCAACAUUAUAAAAUUGCUUAAUAUGAGAAUAAGUAUGUACAUUGUAAAAAAUUAAUAACAUAAGCCCUCCUAUGGUGAAUUCCGGUAAUGGUGUUUGAGAGUUUAUUAAAGCUAUGAAGAAAGUGUAACAGGUUGUGUGGUAAAUUUACGAAACACUUACACAAAUACAUAAAAAGAAAAAAGAAGAAGGAGAAGCAGCCGAAAAGUGUCUGUAAAAAUAAAGAGCUCCUUAAAACGGUUGCGACCGGCAAUGAAAUAUGAGUGCAAAGGAACAGGUGAAAAUUUGUGUCCUAUCACAAUAUUUAGACAGCUUUAAUUUGGAUAAUGUGAAUCCUGUGAGACAAAGCAAAUCCAAAUGUUGUCCGUGCUUUUGGGAACAACAACGAUAACAAUGAAUCGAGGAGAGCAAGAAACUCUCUAUAGACAAGCACGAAACUUACGACUGCACCAAGAAUCCAAAGCACAACUCAAUAAUAAUAAACCUCGGCACCAUUCGUAUGGUAAUAUUCAUCAAAUACAUUCGACGACAUCAUCGGGAAGUGUUCAGAAACAGGGAAUGAAUUAUCGUUCAGUGUUUGGUGGGAAUAAUCAAAGACCUUUGACAGUAUCAGCGUGCGAUGAUCUUGUGUUGAGUGUUUUAAAAAGUCCUUUGCGUGAUCAAUCAUUGUUGAGUAACUUGAGUAGUGUCGCAGGCACAAGUGUAAAUAGCGAUAGCGUCGAAGGUAGUGUAAACCGUAUGUCAACUGUGACAAGUCUUACGACAGCGACCGCUGAUAAUAAAACUCCAAGUCCAAAAAGCUCCACUCAUCAUACAACGUACACAACUCUUCAAACAUCUGAAGACGAUUUAGCUGACGAUGUAGAGCUUGCCAUGGAAACGACUGAACUUAACAACGACGCAAGAGACCAAUUUAAUAAUCCCGAUUUAUCUCCUUACGGCCUCAAAUUUUUAAGACGUUUUCGAACAUCAAAGUUUGAAACUCAUCAUCGUCGUGUACCCACACCAAUGAGACGUAAACAUAAUCGUGGUCGGUCAAAAUCGACGGCUGACAUCUUAGAUGGAGUUAAUGAACCCAAUCCUGAUGAACCAGAUGAAGUCGCCAUUCAAAAUGGUGCUGCAGAAGGAAUUGAAGGAGUUGAAAAUCCGUAUUAUCCAAUAGCUUUACCGAUUGAUCAAGCUUUUAAAGCUAAAUAUGUGUUUCAUCAUCGACGUGGAAAGACAUUUCAAGAGCGACUUUAUGUUUUUCUCGAACACCCUGGAGGUUGGCUGUGUUUUAUUUAUCAUUUUACCGUUUUCAUGCUUGUUCUUGUCUGCCUGAUAUUCAGCGUAUUGUCAACAAUCGAAGAUUACGCAGACUUUGCUAACGAAACUUUGUUCUGGAUGGAGAUUUGUUUAGUUGUUUUCUUUGGAGUCGAAUAUAUUGUAAGACUUUGGUCAGCCGGAUGUCGGUCGAAGUACAUGGGAUUUUGUGGAAGGCUUCGCUUCAUCAGAAAACCAAUUUGUAUAAUAGACCUCAUUGUUGUUGUUGCUUCAUUAGUUGUGCUGACGCUUGGUAGCAAUGGUCAAGUUUUUGCAACCAGCGCUAUUCGUGGCAUUCGCUUCUUACAAAUACUUCGGAUGCUUCAUGUUGAUCGACAAGGUGGCACAUGGCGUUUACUCGGCUCAGUCGUUUUUAUUCAUCGUCAGGAGCUGAUAACAACACUUUAUAUAGGAUUUUUGGGAUUAAUAUUUAGUUCGUAUUUCGUAUAUUUGGCGGAAAAGGACAGCUCACAUGACUCUCAGUUUCACAGUUACGCAGACGCGCUUUGGUGGGGCGUUAUAACAGUGACAACAAUCGGUUAUGGCGAUAUCGUCCCUAAAACAUGGCUCGGAAAAAUUGUGGCAUCGUGUUUCAGCGUAUUUGCAAUUUCAUUUUUUGCUUUACCUGCUGGAAUUCUCGGAUCAGGCUUUGCACUAAAAGUACAACAAAAGCAAAGACAAAAGCAUUUCAAUCGGCAAAUACCAGCAGCUGCAAUGCUCAUUCAAUGUUUGUGGAGAUGCUAUGCAGCUGAUAAAAGUUUCCACAGUGAAGCAACAUGGAGGGUUUAUAUUCAGAACACUGAUCAUGAUGGAAAUCACAACGGUGCUAAUCUCCCGACACAACUCGGCAAGACCCUGAUGGUGCAGGUGGCGCGGCGUUCUGCUUCGGUGCUCAAGCGACGAAAAUCUCGUAAUCGAAUGGAAGUGCAAUCAGAGCGGAAUCACGAAGGCCCAUCACCAGCAACAGGAAGUGUCAACGAUGUAGCUCAUAACAUCGCAGCUAACGAUUCACAAAAGGAAGGCGAAAGCGAAGUGAUUUAUUACAUGGACGAACCACAUGCACCAGGUAGCAGAAAACGCCAACCAUUCAUUAGUCAAACAAGUUCAGUAACGGAAGCGCCAAGUGAUGAAGUUGAAGCCGAACAAGAAGGCGAUGAAGAUGUUGAACCAGCGCGAGUAACUCAAUUAACCGAAGCUCAUCGAAACGCCAUCCGGGCGAUUAGAAAAAUUAAAUAUUUUGUAGCACGACGGAAGUUUCAACAAGCAAGGAAACCCUACGAUGUUCGUGACGUGAUUGAGCAGUAUUCUCAAGGCCAUCUUAAUAUGAUGGUUCGAAUAAAGGAACUUCAAAGACGCUUAGAUCAGACACUUGGAAAGCCUGGUUCUUAUUAUGCUGGUAUGGAUCGUGUGGGGAAUGUGAAGCCGAUGACAGUUGGAGCACGAAUGUAUCGAGUGGAGCAGCAGUUAAAUUCAAUGGAUCGGAAAUUAGAGCAAUUAGUUCAUGCAAUUAAUAAUCUUACGAUUCAACAGCAGAGAAUGAUGCCGCAACAACAGCCACAUUAUUACAGCCACACUUCCGGGCCACUUGCUUUACCGCCAGUUUUCGAUAAUUUUAACCAUCAAUAUCAAGCGACAGCCACUGGCAUGACAGCACAACAACUGCAAGACUUGCAACUGCCUGCAGGGCCUUCAAUGAUUAAUACUCCUGUUUCAUCGAUGCAGCAUCCACCGCUUGAGGAUGACGUAUAAUAUAAAAAGGAGAUGCUGAUAUAAGAAGAGAGCACACAACUUGUGAGUACUUCAUAACAAUCGUAGAACAAUUAAAUAAUUAAACGAAUAUCUUAUAAUCUUAAGUAGUGGGUAAAAGCAAGUGAUAAAAGUAGUGAAAUUAACUUUUCAUUUCAACACAAAAAAUGUUUUCCCUUAAUUUGAAAGAUGAUUGAAUGUUAAACAUUGAAACUUGUCAAUCAUUCAAUCAAUUUUAGAUUUUAAUUUGA